AUGGGCUUGAAGCAAAGCGCGUUAAAGAAAGAAAUCGCUGCCCUUCAACAAGAGGCUCGGAAGCGGUCGGCAAAGCACCAAGAAGAGCUCGCGACCGCUGCAAAGGAGAAACGUCAGCUACAAGCGAAGAUCGAUGAGCUUCAAGAGCUUAUUGCGCAGGCUAAAGAGGAAGCAGAGCAGGCAAAGAAUGAAGCUCGUGAACAGGAGGAGCGUAUGAAGGCGCUUAAGUGGGAACUAGUUCGACAGCUCAGGCUGACCGGAUCACCCACUACCAGUCCACGUGCACCUCUGUCUCCGUCGUCCUCGACGCGCAUCGAUCUGAAUUGGAGGCUGAACGACGACUUGUCAUUGCGGCAAUCUGUCGGGCCACCAAAGAAGGCACCAAACGAGGUGCCAGCAUCCACUGACACAACAACCAGUAGCAAUACUCCUAUAGCAACUACGCUGGCUCCACUUCGGUCCCUACUGAAAAGGUCAGAACCAACAAGUUCUGCUCCUAGCGCGAAUCAAACGCCCGAUGUCGAUACCAAGGAAACCCGCAAACCAGCAACACCCAAACCCGCACCAGCAUCUGCCGAAGAAAAGACCAGCAAUGAAGAUGUUUUUCCAUCGGAGUUGAAACAAGAUGAUAACGUCAACGACAGAUCACCACGGGAAUUCAAAACCGAGAGUAGCUGUGAUGACUCACCACCCAAAUCCAACGGCGUCAAAGCCGAAGACGACGAAGACGACGAAGACGAUGACGCACUUCCUUCCGAAUCUCAUGUUCACAAUGCCGAGAGCAAAGACAACGACGAUAACCCAGAGGCUGGUGAUACCCGCAGCUACUCCGAAGACUACAAAUAA